AUCUAGUCUAGGCCUAGGUGAAUGUUGUGGAGUGUGGUCACUCGUGCAACAUUUCUCACAACCCUCUUGAUCCCUUUGCUCAUCAUUUCUCGGGACUUGAUGACGUAGACCUGCGCACAGGCCGGAAGAGGUGAACACGGAAUGGUGGAGGAGGGGCUGGACGCAGGCGCAGCUGAGAGGUGGGGAGGGAAUAGUCUGCGCUCUUCCAAUGCCUGGCCCAGGGACGAUGAGGCUUCGGGAAUGGAGGCGCUUGAAGCUCUCAUCAAGACGGACGAGGAGAUGCUAGAGGCGGAGGAAGCGGAGGCAGAAGUUGACGUAGAAGAAGAGUUGGAGGUAGAAGCAGAGGCAGAAGAGGGAGCAGAAGCAGACGAGGGGUCGGAGAAAGCAGAAGCCGAGGCAGAAGUGGAAGCGGAAGCCGAGGAGGAGGCUGAGGUGGAGGCAGAAGUCGAGGUGGAGGCGGAAGUGGAGGCAAAGGAGGCGGAAGUGGAGGAAAAGGAGGCGGAAGUUGAAGAAAAGGAGGCGGAAGUGGAGGCGGAAGUGGAGGCGGAAGUGGAGGCGGAAGUGGAGGAGGAAGUGGAGGCGGAAGUGGAGGCGGAAGUGGAGGCGGAAGUGGAGGCGGAAGUGGAGGCGGAAGUGGAGGCGGAAGUGGAGGCGGAAGUGGAGGCGGAAGCGGAGGCGGAAGCUGAAGCGGAGGCAGACGUGGAGACGGAAGUGGAGGAACAGGCAGAGGUGGAGGCGGAGAAGGAAGAGGCCGAGGCGCAAGUGGCGGCGGAAGCACAGGCAGAGGUAGCAGGGACGGAGGUGGGCGCGCAGGAGGCUGAGCCAGCAAAGCCCGAUGGGGUAGACACUGUUGCAGAUGGUGCAGAGACGAACGGCGCCUUAGACGGAGCCUUAGACGCAGAUGCGGAAGCCGCUGCGGAGAUGCACGUAGAGGCUAGAGACACGGCAGAUUUGGCGAAGCUGCAGGAAGCGGAUAGGGCAGCGGAAGCAGAUACGGACAUGCCGGAGGCCAGUGAGGCUAUGGACUCUGACACAGAGGCCGUUGCCGUCACCGACGCGUACGGUGCUGGUGAGGUCGAUGAGCCUGAGGACAUGGAAGUGGCUGUGGCAGAUGCUUAUGCACUCUACGACGACUACAUGGAGAGCGUCUUUGAUGCGGAAGCUGCCGCGGCAUGGGCCAGAGAGGAUGCAGAAGUGGAGGUCGAAGAGCCGAGGCCGAAGGAGAUUGAGGCUUCGGAAGCGGCCGCGAAGGAUUUCUCUCCGCAAGAUCCCAAGGCCAAGGAUUCCGAGUCGAAAGAUCCGCCGGCGGAUGCGGCGGAUCCGGCGGAUCCCAAGGGCGCGGCGCGCAACCCGAAGAAAGCCAAGCCCGCCUCGAAGGGCUCGCAGUCGAGGCCGAAGAAGCCAAAUUCUGAGGAUGACGGAAACGUGAAGCCAGCGAAGCCCGCGGCCACGUCCAAUCGCAAGGCGGCUGCCAAGAAGGUCUUGGAGAGUGCCGGGAACAAUCCUUAUGCCUAUGGCUGGAAGAUCCAUUCCCAGAUUUCCCACGACAAAAAGAACACGCAAAGCAAGCCAUAUUUCUUUCCGCAGGCGGCCGCCAAUGCAGAAGCUGUUGCAAACACCAGCGCGCCGACGAGUGCAACUCCGAGUGCUGCUCCGAGUGCCGCCACGCCAGCUCCAAGUGCGACUCCAAGUGCGACUGCUGCACUGGAGCUGGAUGUGCAGUACUACGCGCUGGGCAGGAAGCUCGACUGUGCGCCAGAGAGGCUCACCCUGAACCUCUCCAAAGAAGGUGCUAAGAGCUCCCAGAUGGUGGCUGAGGGCCAUAUCGCUUUUCUUCCGGACCUGAAACAAGGCAAGACUGUCUUCUUCCAGGUAAUUUCCGUGAAGCCGUGGAGUGCAUACCUGGAGCUGCGCACGUGCAGCGGCAAACCUCACGGCCUUGUCAUCCAGGAUUUGAAGAGCAGUGGCCGCGUGCGGGUCCGCGUUGGCGCCAGCCCCCUGGAGGAGCUCGCCAUGGUGGUGUGGCGCAACAGGCUGCCCAAAGGUGGCAUCAAGCUAGCGGACUUCAUGUCGCCCGUCAAGGACUUGGCCGGCGAUGCCUUCGAGCAGUUCUGCCUCAUGACCCGCCCGCCGCGGUGGCUGGAGCGGUCCGAGUACUUCGUCUGCCGCUACAACGAUGCGCGCAGCGAGCACAUGAUCAGACCCGGCAAGGAGGCUGAGCGAACGCCCCUGGAGAACACCCUGCGUGUUCUCCUGGCGCCGAUGACGCGCAAGGGGGUGCCACAGGCCUUCAAGGAAGAGGCUUUGUCAUCGCUGCAGCAGAGACUCCACGUGGUGAUGCAGGGGGCCGCGCUGCCGGUGCUUGCCGACGACGGCCUCCGGAGCUGGCUGGUGAAGUCCCCGGCAUUUGAGCUCCGGGAGAAGGAUGUGGCCGGCAAGAAGGUGGAGGUGGUGAUGCUGCGGGAGGGCGAGAAGGAGAGGAUUAGGCCUGCAGCAGGCGACCCGAAGCCCAAGCUGGAAAAGCUGGCCGAGAAGCCCAAGGAGAUGCCCAGGAGCGAGCUGCCCGCAAAUGAGACGGAGGGCGGCCGGCACCGCCGCUGCGGCCGAGCUGUAAAGGCCUUGGAUGCCGCCAGGAAACUGCAUGCCGAUGCUUUGCGGCUCUCGCGCAACAAGCAGCAGACUGCCAAGUUCUGUGCUGGGGAGCGUGGCCAAGAAUCUGAAAGCGUGGUCAUGCUCCUGGACGUGCUCUCAGGACUGCCGGAGGCAGUGCAGAUCCUGCACGACGAGCUGGCGGAGGUGAAGAAGGCCGAGCUGGGUGAGUGGGGCCCUCUGCUACAGGCGCACAAGAAGCGAAUGGAAGAGCUGCCGCAGUUGCUUCGCAGCCCUGAUGCUGUCGCUGGAGAAGAGGAGAUUACGAAGACCCUGACUCGCGCACGGCAUGGCAUUCGCGACUUGCAGCAGGAGGUGCUGGAUCCUGCCCUUGCGUCGCUCACUGGCGCCAUGCUGCCUGCAGCAAGAGGACGCAGCUACGCCUCUCCGGCGAGGGAGAGUUCUCCUCCCAAAGGGAAGGGCGCGAAAGGCACGGGCAAGGACAAGGGGAAGGACAAAGGGAAGGACAGAGCUUCGAAGCAUGUCGAGAGGCGCUUCGGUGAGGAUCGCCGCGACAGCAGGGCAGCUUCACGUGCACGGUGGGGGCGCAGAUGGGAGGAGGAUGUUGGCACUAGCCAGGCCGGCCGAGGUCGCUGGAGCCGAGAGUUUGAAUCAAGGUCCAGAUCUCGCGACAGCCACAAGGACUCCCGCUCCAAGCUCCGCAGCGUCUCGCUGCGCCGGAAGGAGCCCCGUGAGUUCUACGUGGAUGCCCGACGCCGCCCGGGCCGCGGGCGCUCGCGGUCAGGUGUUUGAACUCUUGGAGCGCGACCUCCGUUCGAGGUUUGGGUGUGGGCCCGCGCGCAGGUUUUGAUGUGAAUGUGGACUCAAAGCAGGUGAAGCCAUCUGCUGCUGGUGCUGCGAUCACUCACAUGUCCUAAUAGGGACCUCCCA